AUGGCCUUUCGAAUUCCUACUCGACAUUUCACAUCCGUUACAGUUCGACGCCUGUCAUCUCAGGCGACAGCAGCGUCUAAUCUCUCGCAAAAUGUCCAAGAGUCUAUAUCCCGCGAGGCAACUUUGCCAAACCCCGAUCCGUCUGACGACUCGGCCAGCGCAGCCCUAGUGAAGGACCAUUCCAAGUUUAUGCUAGCAACUUAUGCCAGGCCGCCUCCAGUAUUCGUGAGAGGAGAGGGUUCGUACUUGUGGGAUUUAGAAAACCGUAAAUAUCUAGAUUUCACCGCUGGUAUUGCUGUUAAUGCGCUCGGUCAUAGCGACCCCGGCCUAGCGAAGGUCAUCUCGGAUCAGGCGCAAACACUAUGGCACGCAUCCAACCUUUAUUAUAACCCCUGGACCGGAGCGCUUUCCCAACUUCUAGUAGAGAAAACCGUCGCAUCAGGUGCCAUGCAUGACGCCGCGACCGUCUUCGUCUGCAAUUCGGGUUCCGAGGCGAACGAAGCCGCAAUUAAAUUUUCCCGAAAAGUUGGCAAGGUGUUGGACUCUACUGGUGCCAAACACGAAUUCGUCUCCUUCUAUAAAUCAUUCCACGGACGAACUAUGGGGAGUCUCUCCGCGACACCGAACCCCAAAUACCAAGAACCGUUUGCGCCGAUGCUGCCGGGUUUCAGGUAUGGAACGUAUAACGACAUCGACGCCAUCAACGACCUCGUGACGGAUAGGACGUGCGGCGUGAUAAUCGAGCCCAUCCAAGGCGAAGGGGGCGUCAAUGUUGCCAGCGACCAAUUCCUCGUCGCCCUAGCGAAGCGGUGCCGCGAAGUAGGUGCCGUUCUCGUCUAUGAUGAGAUCCAAUGCGGUCUGUCGAGGACCGGCACGCUCUGGGCCCACAGUCACCUACCCAAGGAGGCACAUCCAGACAUACUCACUACGGCGAAAGCACUUGGCAACGGCUUCCCUAUUGGUGCUACUAUAGUCAAUCAUCACGUUAGCGAGAAGAUCAAGAUUGGUGAUCACGGCACGACCUUUGGCGGCAAUCCGAUGGCGUGUCGCCUCGCGCACUAUGUAGUCUCACAACUCUCGGAUCCCAAGUUGCAGCAGGAUGUCCUUUCCAAGUCCAAGGUCUUCGUAGAGCGGUUUGAGCGCAUGCGAGAACGAUACCCCAGCCUUAUAACUGAGAUUCGUGGCAAGGGCUUAAUCCUUGGCGUGCAGUUGACCCAAGAUCCGUCGCCAAUAGUAAAGGCCGCCCGAGAGAGGGGACUGCUGGUGAUCACUUGUGGGACAAACACGCUCCGAUUCGUCCCGCCUCUCACGGUCAGCCAGGAUGAAAUCGAGAGCGGGUUAAAUAUUCUAGAAGAGGCCAUUGAUGCAACUCGGUAA